AAUUUAGAAAUUGAGAUUCUGAACUUGUGUUUUAUCUAUGAUUCUGAAACAUAAAAGAAAGAUGAAGAUCCUAAAGGAUUAUGUUUGACGAGUCUUCGAAAUGGUAGUGAAAAAGAAUUGGCGUAAAAUUGAAAUAACCAGGAAAACUUCAAAAUCUGAAAAGUCGGGCGAUUCGUGGACCUUCUUGGGUUCUAAAGCUGUGAUCGUUUGUCCUGUUAAAUUAGUAAAAAUGCAGACGAAACAGCCCAUAACAAGACAAAUUGCCAUAAAUACCCUUGCGGCUAUGCACAGAAGAUUCAGUUUGCCAGGACCAGUGCAACCGCAUUCAAGGCCUAUAUCAGAAUUCAGGGCCAGUGCCAACAAGUCUUUGGAUAUGCUACGUCAAACCAUACAAUCUGCAGUUACUAGGGAAAUUGACCAAGUGAUCAAAAAAUAUUUAGAGAAAUUCUUUGUGCCAGCAGUAAAUAAUAUAAGACUGAAUUUGGGAGACGAAUCUGUCAGUGAGGACCAGGUUCGUGCUGUGUGCAGGGCAAUGCUGGACGCCACACGUUUGCUAUACACAACUCCAGCGCGAACAGUACCAUGUCCAUAUGAAAAUAGUGAAUCAGAAGCAUUAGAAACCAAAUUCAGCAAGCAAUUGCAAAGUACACUACAGUAUAAAAGAAAAGAUUCAGAGAUUGAGACAGAUCUAUUUGCCAAACGGAAGAAGAUUAAACAAGAAGAUAAUACUGACAGUGCUUCCUCUUCACCAUUGCCUUCACCAGCAUUAAGAGAUCCAGAAAAGUGGAACCCAGAUCGACUUAUGCAAGAUACGCUGUUUAUUAUGGGAUCUCAUGCACAUAAGGUUCUUGGAUUGGGCAACUCACGUGGACGGUUAUACACGCGGCACUCUAGUUUACCAAGGUACCCCGCCGAUAGCAUAGACAAGGAAUGGAUUGCUAAUCACAAUUUAGCGAAUGCUGUUGGUGGAAAGACUUACAUAAUGGUUUUAGAAGAUAUUGAGGAAUUGGCACACAGUGAAGCUUACAAACACAGUUCUUUACCAAUGCUUGGUGAAUUAUCUGGAUUCAAAGUACCUCAGUUCAUGUUAAAAAAAAUUAAGUCAUAUGUAGUGAAAUGUGUCUUGAGUGAAGACAUCAGUAAUACAAGUAGUCCACAACCAUCUACAAGUAGUGUGCAAGAUGAUGAUAAAUUCAAAGAUAUUAAAAUUGAAGCACCUGAGACUUUUGAUGCGAAUUUCAAUGCGAGCCAUUACAUAACUGGUAGCGAGAACUCCAGAGAUUUCUCUGAUGUAAUGAAAGAUGACAGUGAUUUCUCUGAUAUCAAAGUUGAGGACAUUGAUGAUAUAAAAGUGGAACAGAUAAAAGUCGAAGAUUUGGAUGAUAUUAAAGUUGAUGCUAUAAAAGUUGAGGGUUUGAACGUGGGCGGUAUUAAAGUCGAGAACAUCGACGGCAUUAAUGUAGACGAAAUCAAGGUUGAAGACAUCAAAUUAGAGAACGACGACACCUUUGAUCUUUGUAAACAAGACGAUGAUCAGAGUCAUUUGGUUGAUGGUCUGUUGGAUUCAGACAUUGAGUUUUUGAGCCGUAAUCUCGGAAACAUUGAAAGCGAAACAGAUGCGAGGAAGACCAUAGAGAAAUUGACUGGCGCUAAUGCCGAUACGAUAACUUUAGUCGGAGAUGAAUUCGAUCUGGGUUCGACGUUGAACACAAACUUUUCAGGUAAUCAAACGAAGUGCAUCACUGUGGCGUCGACGACCAGUGGCAUGGUUCACAGCGUGCCGGUCGCGCACAUCGCGGCGCCGCCUCGCAUCACGGGCAGCACCCUGCAUUACUACACCAGCUCCGCGCCGCACGUGACGCACGGGCCGCACGUGACGCACGUGACGCACGCGCCGCAACGGACCGUGCACCAUCUGCCGCAAGCCACCGUCACCAUACAGAGCAUCCCGGGCUCCGCAUCGCAGAUGAUACGAGGAAUACCAAUCAACACGAAAACUGGAACUUUCAGUACAGUUAUGUCGCAAGGCGGAGGGAACACUAUAAUUGGUUUCGGUACGCGUACACCGAACGCGACAAUAAUUGGGACCCCGCAGUAUGUGAACGUUUCAUCUAAAUCAUUUCCCACUGGCAACAUCUUACAUAACGCGAUCGUGUCGAGGAACAUCAUAAACCGUUCAAACUUGGCCGCCGUGACGUCCGGCGUGACGUUCAACGUGACGACGGUAAGGCCCGCGUCGCAAACGACCACGCCCAAAAUAAGCACGGCGGUCUCGACUAGUUCAGACUACGACAGUAUCUCCACUACGAAGGACAUGAUCGAUAAUGCCUGCAAUUCAUCGGUUAUGUUGAAAAAGGUACUAACCCUCGGCAGUACUGGUGCGGCGAAGUCGUUUGUUAUGCAUAACACGCAAAAAGUUUUAUCUACCGGUUUCGCUAGCGGCUCGACGCCUCCGCCGAAUGUGACCAUAGUCAGUUCUGGCGGUGGCCCUCUCGGUCAUUCCACAUCUAAUAUUUUGAGCGCGACUUCUGGCACUCUGAGCGCUACGCACGCUACCUUGUCCGCUUUAUUAGCUUCGAACGCUGAAAACGCCAAAAAAGGCAACAAAAAAUGAUCGUUUGUCUCUCUGAAAAAACAAUAAUCCAAAAACAAUUUCGAUGCAUUUAAAAUGGAUCUCAUUUAGAUUUUAAGUUCCCAUUGUAGUCGCUCAUUUAGUAUCAUAGCCAAAUUACUAUUAAAUUGAUUUACUUCGCUCGAUGCGAAUCAGACUUCCGAUAACGAUAAAGACUGUUCCUGAUUAUCUCAAAGAAUGAAAAACAACUAACUACCUCUAUAUUGUCUCAAUUUUAGGAUCGCUAUUUAUAGUGCAUAAUAUUUUUAUUAUGUCUGUGUGUGUUUGAAUAUAGGUUAUAGUUAAAAUUAGUUGAGUAGUUGUUGCAUUUUUCUCGUUUUGUUUUGUUUAAACGUAAGUACUUAGUGUUUAAGACGUGAUGUCUAUUUUCCGGGAUCAAUUUAAAAUAUUUUUCUAAAUAUAAUUCUGGUUCAUUAUUGUUCAGUAUUAGUAUUUUUUAAAAAAACGAUGAGUAUGUUUUGUCUUUAGAAGAAAUUAUUGAAAUAAAAUUUAUUUAUGCAUAUUAUUUUUAUAAUAGCAGAAUGCUAUUGAUUUUUACUAUACUGCGCUGGUUGCUUAGAGUUUGUUUAUAUCUAUAUUAUUAUUUAAAGAGAUCAAGAAAAAAUCAAUAUUCGAAUUUCAAAGAGAAAAAUUUCGGUUAUUAAAUCCAUUUCGUACUCAAAACCACCGUUAGGUAAGUAAAUCUUAUAUGUAUGUAUGAAAUUUUUGCGUUGCUUAAAGAACUAGUUUUAAAGAUAAACAAUUUUAGAGAAACUUAUAAGCUAUAUUAUAUAGCUAUACUAUACUAAAGCUAUACUAUAUUAAGCUAUAUUAAAAAAAAGAUUUUUACUGCGCUAUGCUAACACCGUAAAAUCAAAUAUCUUAUUAAAACACUAAACAUGUUUUUGAGUUGUCGAUAUGACACGACUACGUAUUAAUAAGUACUGAAUGAAAUAUUGCGUUGAGUAUUUAAAA